AUGGCUAAAACUAACAAUAAGGCCCAGCACCAGCUUCACAUCUGUGCCCGUUCGCCUGAUACAGAGCUGCAUGAACUGGUAAAAGAGUUUUUCUCUUCGGAAAAUGUAGGUACAACUAUUUUACCGAAAACGGAAAGCGAUGAAGACUUACGUGCCCGCGCCAUACUUGAAAGUACUACAGUUCGAACCGCUUCGGGAAGAUUUCAGACCGGGCUGCUCUGGAAAUACGAUAAUGUGAAAUUUCCAAACAGCAGAACCAUGGCAGAGAAAAGAUUCCAGUGCCUUGAACGUCGUUUGGCUUCCAAACCAGAGUUGUAUAUGAAGGUACGUGAGCAGGUGAAAGAGUAUCUGUCUAAGGGAUACGCUUACAGAGCUAGCAAAGUGGAUUUCGAUUCUUUCAGUAACAAUCGGAUGUGGUUUCUGCCUCUAAACGUCGUGAUUAAUCCAAAAAAGCCUAACAAGGUGCGGUUGGUGUGGGAUGCUGCUGCUAAGGUCCAGGGUCAGUCGUUGAACUCUGCCUUGUUGUCAGGUCCCGACCUUCUUACACCACUCCCAGCAGUUCUGAGUCCCUUUAGACAGUUCCAGGUGGCUAUAGCUGCAGAUAUUUCCGAAAUGUUCCACCAAAUUAUCAUUCGACCGGAAGAUCGUUCGGCGCAGUUAUUUUUGUGGAGGGAUUAUCCAUCGCAGGCAUUUGAUGUCUUCAUCAUGAAAGUGGCAACGUUCGGCUCAACCUGUUCACCUUCUGCUGCGCAGUACAUCAAAAAUCUAAACGCCGAGGAGUUUUCUAAAGAGUACCCCCGUGCAGCCGAAGCAAUCAGGAAACAUCACUAUGUGGACGAUUUUUUGUAUAGUGUGGACACGACGGAGGAGGCAAUUCAGCUUGCGCAACAAGUAAGGGAAGUACACUCCAAGGCGGGGUUUUAUAUCCGUAAUUGGCUCUCAAAUUCAAGCGACGUUCUCACACGGGUCGGGGAAAACAGCGUGGAAACUUCGAAGUGCUUUGCGGUUGACAAGUCUGUGUGCAGUGAGCGUGUUCUCGGUAUGAUUUGGAACCCAACUACGGAUCUAUUUGUAUUUCAAGGCCUGUUUUCUGAGGAUAUGCUGCCGUUGAUCCAGUGUGCUGAGGUUCCUACCAAGCGACAAGCUCUGCGGGUUGUCAUGAGCAUAUUUGACCCUUUAGGGCUGGUAGCGGUGUUCGUGAUACAUGGAAAAAUUUUGAUUCAAAAUAUCUGGCGUUCGAAGAUCGACUGGGAUGAGCGAAUAUCUGGCGAACUCUUUAGUCACUGGGAGCGAUGGACAAAUCUGUUGCGGCAACUGGAGCAGAUUCAAAUACCUCGCUGUUACUUUCCUGGCAGUUCAGUGGAAGCAUACCAUACAAUUCAAUUACACACCUUUGUGGAUGCUAGUGAGGAGGCCUUCGCAGCGGUAGCAUAUCUUAGAAUCGUCGAGAAUGAAACGGUUCGUUGUGCUCUUGUAUCAGCAAAGACAAAAGUCGCUCCACUAAAACCCAUGUCCAUUCCCAGACUUGAGCUAAGUGCAGCAGUUCUCGGGGCGAAACUGGCCAAGGCAGUUGCGGAGAAUCACACUCUAACCAUAAAUCGCCGUGUUUUUUGGAGCGAUUCCCGUACGGUGCUUUCCUGGCUGCGGUCAGACCAAAGAAAAUAUCGACAAUUUGUUGCCUUUAAGGUGACAGAAAUUCUUGAGCUUUCUGAUGUCAAUGAGUGGCGGUGGGUUUCUUCUCGCUUAAACGUCGCAGAUGAAGCAACAAAGUGGGGAAAGGGACCAUGCAUCAACAACGACAGUCGCUGGUUCCAUGCGCCAAGUUUUCUGUAUCAGCCGGCUAGCCUUUGGCCACAACAAGAUCAACGUGAUAGUGAGACAGUAGAAGAGCUUCGCCCAGUUCACAUUCAUAGGCAAAUUGCUGUGGACCAGUUAAUUUCGUUUGGACGGUUUUCUAAAUGGGAGCGCAUGGUGAGAACUAUAGCCUACGUAUUUCGAUUCGUCAGGAAGCUUCAACGCAGAGUCAAGAACCAGAGUGUGGAUAGCCAGGAAUGGUUUAGUCAAGAGGAGAUUAAAACGGCAGAGUCAAUGGCUUUCAAGCAAAUCCAGCAAGAAGCGUAUGCAGAUGAAAUCGUCAUAUUCACCAAGAACCAGCAGCUCAAAGUGGAGCAACGACUAAAACUGGAGAAAACCAGCCAGCUUCGCAAAUUAUCUCCGUUUCUGGAUAAGCAAGGAGUUCUUCGGAUGGACAGCAGGGCGUCUGUUACCACGCAAGUAGCGACGGACUUCAAGGCUCCAGUGAUUCUUCCGAAAACCCAUUACGGAACUCAGCUGUUAGUAAACUGGUACCACCGUAAAUACAAUCAUCGUGUUGCGGAGACUGCUGUGAAUGAAAUGCGCCAGAGAUUCUAUGUUUCGGAGAUGAGAGCGGUUUUUCGAAAGGUUGGCAAACUCUGUCAAUGGUGCAAGGUGUAUAAGGCAGUUCCUGCGGCUCCCAGAAUGGCACCACUACCUGAGGAGAGGAUGACAGCAUUCGUUCGCCCGUUUUCUUUUGUUGGGGUCGACUACUUCGGACCACUGAUAAUCAAACAAGGGCGCAAUAACGUGAAACGAUGGGUAGCAAUAUUUACUUGCUUGACCGUUCGCGCCGUACAUCUUGAGCUGGCCUACAGCUUAUCUACCGAAUCUUGCAAACAGGCGAUUCGGAGGUUUAUUGCGCGGAGGGGGGCUCCAGCUAAAAUAUUUAGUGACCAGGGUACAAACUUCAUCGGGGCAAGUAAUGAGCUGAAAAGGGAGCUGCAGCAGAUUUAUCCCAAUCUAGCGUCAACGUUUACUAAUGCAAAUACGCAAUGGCAUUUCAACCCACCGUCUUCGCCACAUAUGGGGGGAUGUUGGGAACGCAUGGUUCGGUCGGUAAAGAGCGCUUUAGCUUCGUUAUCCACGGUACGAAAGCCAGAUGAUGAAACGUUUUGGACACUGCUGAUCGAGGCGGAAUCGAUCGUAAACUCUAGGCCGCUUACUUACCUGCCAAUAGAAUCCGAGACACAUGAAGCGUUGACACCGAACUGCUUCCUGAUGCUUAGUACCAGCGGGGUAAACCAACCAGCUAGGCCACUGAUUGACGGAAAAUGGGGACCUUGUUCUAACUGGAAGGUUUGUCAGCAACUUUUGGAUCAGUUCUGGAGUCGUUGGGUAAAAGAGUACCUUCCCACGAUUACCAAACGUACAAAAUGGUUUCAAGAUUGCAAACCAGUACAGGUAGAUGAUCUCGUCGUAGUGGUAGAAGAGAACCAGCGCAACGGGUGGCUACGGGGACGAGUUAUUCGUGUGUUCCCAGGUCGUGACGGUCGUGUACGCAGUGCAGAGGUGCAAACAGCAACUGGGAUAGUACAUCGCCCAGUGAUCAAGUUAGCGGUUCUGGAAGUAGCAGGUACAGCUGGAGUGAACACGCAGCAAUACGGGUCAGGGGAUAUUCCGAACGGCAUCGAGCAGAAGUUGUCAGCGGGACCGAAAGGGUUGAAUACGCUACAGGUGACCGAGCACUAG